ACUGCUAUGGGCUAAUAUCUGAUCAUGUAUUACACUGCUAUGGACUAAUAUCUGAUCAUGUAUUACACUGCUAUGGGCUAAUAUCUGAUCAUGUAUUACACUGCUAUGGACUAAUAUCUGAUCAUGUAUUACACUUCUAUGGACUAAUAUCUGAUAAUAUAUUACACUGCUAUGGACUAAUAUCUGAUCAUGUAUUACACUGCUAUGGACUAAUAUCUGAUCAUGUAUUACACUGCUUUGGACUAAUAUCUGAUCAUGUAUUACACUGCUAUGGACUAAUAUCUGAUCAUGUAUUACACUGCUUUGGACUAAUAUCUGAUAAUAUAUUACACUGCUUUGGACUAAUAUCUGAUCAUAUAUUACACUGUUGUUGACCAAUAUCUGAUUAUAUAAUUUACUGCUAUGGACUAAUAUCUGAUAGUAUUCCUGCUUUCAGGUAAAUGAAACCAAACUCAAAGCACACAUUUAUAUUUAUACCAUCUCAGAAACAGUUAUUUUGUUCAACAGAUUUGUUCUUGUGUAUAAUCCUAUAAUAAUCUUUUUGAGUCUGAUGAAUAUCAGUCCAUUAUAAUUAUUAUGUUUUUUGUGUUCAGAUGUUCCUCAUGAGAGAGCAGGUGGAUGUGAUCUGCAGUAAAUCAGUAGAAACUGAUCUGUCCAUGCUGGAUAUUGAUGAUUUCAUCACAGAAAUCUCUCAGCUGAAGAAAGAGUUGAUGUCACUGAAGACAAAGCUGAUGGAGAGAGACGACAGGUUACAGGAGCUGGAAAAAGUUUCCUGUCAAUCUUCAGUGUGUGUGACUGAUGGGACCUCCACAGAAUGUCGGGAUUCAGUGUGGAGUGGCAGAGAUCAGUCCACACCACAGCGGCUGCUGGACAAACUCUCUGAACAAAGAUACAGAGACACACAGGACUCACAGCUCACUUUACUCUGUUCUACUGAUGGUAUUCAGGGUGAUCAAACCUCUACAGAGUCUCUGACAUCUGUCUGUAAUGCUGGAGAACAGCAGGUGCUGCAGACACCAGUGAAGAUUGAAGUGAAGCUGCUGGACUGCAGGAACCUGAUGAAGAUGAGUGGAGAAAUCAAAGUAGAGGAACAACAGAGUAAUGAGGGUGAUGAUGAUGAUCAAACCUCCACAGAGUCUCUGGCUUUUGUCUGUAACACUGGAGAACAGCAGAUGCUACAGACAACAGUGAAGAUGUGUUCAGUGAAGCUGCUGGACUGCAGGAACCUGAUGAAGAUGAGAGGAGAAAUCAAAGUAGAGGAACAACAGAAUAAUGAAGAUGAUGAUGAUCAAACCUCCACAGAGUCUCUGGCUUCUGUCUGUAACGCUGGAGAACAGCAGAUUCUGCAGACACCAGUGAAGAUUGAAGUGAAGCUUCUGGAGAUGAGAAGAGAAAACACAGUAGAGGAACAACAGAGUGAUGAAGAUGAUGAUGAUUUUAUUCCUUCAGAGCUGAUGGAAGUGAAAGAGGAAAGUCAAGAGCUGAAUGAUGUGGAGGAGAAACGUCUGUAUCAGAAACAUCAUGAUUUCACAACUGGAGAGAAAUCUUUGAGUGACUCAAAGACUAAGAAGAAUUUAUCACCAGAAAAACCUCAGAGAAAAGUAGCCAAAAAUACUUUCAUCUGCUCACAGUGUGGAAAGAGUUUCAAAUAUAAAAGUCAGCUUAAUACCCACAUGAGAGUUCACACAGGAGAGAGACCUUACACAUGCCAUCAGUGUGGAAAAAGUUUUGCAUAUCCAGUCGAUUUUAAGAAUCAUCUCCGCUAUCACUCUGGAGAAAGACCAUUUGAAUGUGAUCAGUGUGGUAAAACAUUUGUUUUAAAUUCAGGCCUAAAACAACAUCUACAAACUCACACAGAUGAGAAGUACAAGUGUUCUUUUUGUGGAAAGAGUUUUGCACACCUGUCCUAUUUUAAAGAACAUCAGAAAAUACAUACUGCUGUGGGGGCUCAUAUGUGCUUUGAAUGUGGGAAGAUCUUUAUUAAAGCCAGCCACUUGAAACAGCACCAAAGAGUUCAUACUGGAGAGAAACCUUACAAGUGCUCUUCAUGUGGAAAUAGUUUCACUCAGUCACAAAACCUGAAAGUACACGAGAGAAUUCAUACUGGAGAAAAACCUUACAAGUGCUCACACUGUGAAAAGAGUUUCACUCGGUCACAUUGGCUGAAAAAACACAAGAAAAUCCAUACAGGAGAGAAACCUUACAAGUGCUCAUACUGUGAAAAGAGUUUCACUUGGUCAAUAAGCCUAAAAGAACAUGAGAGAAUCCAUACUGGAGAAAAACCUUACAAGUGCUCUCACUGUGAAAUGAGCUUCACUUGGUCAAUAAGCCUAAAAAAACAUGAGAGAAUUCAUACUGGUGAGAAACCUUACAACUGCUCUUCAUGUGGAAAGAGUUUCUCUUGGUUACAAUACCUGAAAAAACAUGAGAGAAUCCAUACAGGAGAGAAACCUUACAAGUGCUCACAGUGUGAAAUGAGUUUCACUUGGUCAAGAAACCUAAAAUCACAUGAGAGAAUCCAUACUGGAGAGAAACCUUACAAGUGCUCUUCAUGUGGAAAGAGUUUCAAUCUGUCACAAAACCUGAAAACACAUGAGAGAAUUCAUACUGGAGAGAAACCUUACAACUGCUCUUCAUGUGGAAAGAGUUUCACUCAGUCACAACACCUGAAAAAGCACGAGAGAAUUCAUGCUGGAGAGAAACCUUACAAGUGCUCUUCAUGUGGAAAGAGUUUCACUCAGUCACAACACCUGAAAAAACAUGAGAGAAUUCAUACUGGAGAGAAACUUUACAGAUGACCAGGUGUUGAUGUGAGCAGAACCCUACUAAAUGUGUUGAAGUUAUUUUUUUUCUCCAAUGUAUAAAGGUCCUAAUUUUCACAACUUGGGUUUUCUGGAGUACAUACACUGACUGAGCACUUUAUUAGGAACUCUGUACUAAUACUGGUGCUCUCAAAACAGCCUCAAUUCUUCACAAUAUGUUGGAAACAUUCCUUUGAGAUUCUGGUCCUUGUUGACAUGAUUGCAUCACGCAAUUUAUGCAGAUUUGUCAGUUUCACAUUCAUUCUGUGAAUAUCCCGUUCUACCACAUCCCAAAGGUGUUCUAUUGGAUUCAUAUUCGGCUGAGAAGACCACUGAUGAACAGUGAUCUCAUUAUCAUGUUGAUGAAACCAGUUUGAGAUGACUUUUGCUUUGUGACAUGGUGCAUUAUAUCAUGGUGGAAGUAGCCAUAUGAAGAUGGGUAAAUUGUAGCCAAGAAGAGAUGCACAUGUUCAGCAACAAUACUCAAAUAGGCUGUGGCAUUCAAGCGAUGAUUGAUUGGAAUUAACAGGCCCAAAGUGUGCCAAGAAAACAUUCCCCACACCGUUACACUGCCACCAGCCUGGACUGUUGACACAAGGCAGGUUGGGUCCAUGGAUUCAUGUUGUUGGCACCAAAUUCUGAACUUACCAUCUGUGUGCCUCAGCAGAAAUCAAGAUUCAUCAGACCAGGCUUGGUUUUUCCAUUCUUCAACUGUCCAGUUUUGGUGAGCUUGUGCCCACUGCAGCCUCAGCUUUUUGUUCUUGGCUGACUGAAGUGGAACCCGACGUGGUCUUACUGUUGUAGCCCAUUUGCCUCAAGGUUCGAAGAGUUGUGCAUUCUGAGAUGUUAUCCUGAGUUAGCUGUCAGCUCAAACCAGUUUGGCCAUUCUCCAUUGACCUCUCUCAUCAACAAGGUGUUUCCAUCUGCAGAACUGCUGCUCACUGUUUUUUUUUUUUUUUUUUUUGGCACCAUUUGGAGUAAACUCUAGAGACUGUUGUUCGUGAAAAUCCCAGGAGAUCAGCAGUUACUGAAAUACUCCAACCAGCCUGUCUGGCACCAACAAUCAUGCCAUGUUCGAAAUCACUGAGAUCAAAUUUUUUCACUGAAAUCACUAAAGCUCCUGACCCAUAUCUGCUUGAUUUUAUGCAUUGCUGCCACGUGACUUGCUGAUAAGAUAAUCACAUGAAUAUGUAGGUGUGCAGGUGUUGCUAGUAAAGUGUUCGAUGAGUGUAGUUUUCUAUCCUGACCAGUGGCGAUUGCGUUAAAGGAAUAUUCCAGGUUCAAUACAAGUUAUAGCUCAAUCGAAAGCAUUUGUGGCAUAAUGUUGAUUACAAUAAAACUAUUUUGUCUCAUCUCUCCUUUUCUUAAAAAAAAGCAAAAGCAAAAGUCAAGGUUACGGAGGCAUUUGCUAUCAAAAUGAAUGGGCGAAAAAUGUGACGCUUAUAAUUUUAGAAAAGUACUUUCUUUAAUUUUUCUCUAUUAUUUGAGAUGUGAAGUUGUUUAAAACAUUAUUUUUAUGGUUGUUUUAAGGUUUAUGGCAUUAUGUCAUUGUAAAAUUGGACAGAACUGUACACAGAAAAGGUUAGUAAGCAAUUUUAUCCUGCAUAUUGUUUACAUCUUGUGGCUGUACUUUUUUUUUUCUUUUUUUUUUUCUUUUUCUCCCAAUUUGUAAUGCCCAGUUCCCAAUGCUUCCAAGUCCUUGUGGUCGUGUAGUGAUUUGCCUCAGUCUGGGUGGCGGAGGACGAAUCCUGGUUGAGCGCAUUGCCACGGAGACAUAGUGCAUGUGGAGGCUUCACGCCAUCCACUGCGGCAACCAUGCUCAACUCACCACAUGCCCCACUGAGAACGAACCACAUUAUAGCGACCAUGAGGAGUUUACCCUAUGUGACUCUACCCUCCCUAGCAACUGGGCCAAUUUGGUUGCUUAGGAGACCUGGCUGGAGUCACUCAGCACGCCCUGGGAUUCGAACUAGCGAGCUAGCGAACUCCAGGGGUGGUAGCCAGCGUAUUUUACCACUGAGCUAUCCAGGCCCCCCCCCCCUCCAUUGUGGCUGUACUUUAAAAACAGUGAGUAUUUUAACAUUUAUGGAUUGGCCCCAUUCACUUCCAUUUUAAGUGUAAGUGAAUAUUUUUUUUUUUUUUUUUUUUUUAAAGGAGGGAUAUGUCAAAAUUAAUGUAACAUGCAACAAAUGUGAUCGAUUGUGCUUAACUUGUAUUGAACCCGGAAUUGUAUUCUUUUGAAUCCUAUACAGGGAGCAGGCUUCCUUUAAAAUCUCAAAGAAAAAUGUGGCAAUGAUGAGUUCAUAUACAGUGCCUUGAAAAUGUACUCAGCCCCCAGUGCAGUUUUAAAAAAUUUUGGUGUCAAAUUCCAAGUUUAGAAUAUAUUAAAGUAUGAUGAUUUCCCCAGCUGGUACAGUGUGCCAAAUAAAAAUAAAAAAAAGUCCAAAACCUCAUUAAAUUGAAUUUUUUUUAUUAAACACAAAAUUUGUAUUCGAUUUUAAGUGUUCAUACCCUUCAUAAUUACUAGGUUAAUUACUGGCUGUGACUGAAAAUAAUGUCCAUGGCUCAACAAUCUCAAAACUAUUGCACAAAAAGGGGCUGUACGGCAGAGUGGCUAGAAAGAAGCCUUGGCUGGAAAAAAAGCCCAUGCUUGCCCGUAAAGACUUUGCAAUGUGUCACUCGGAUACUUCAAAGAUGUGCAGAAGGUCUUGUGAUCUGAUGAGACUAAAGUGGAACUCUUUGGCUUAAACACUUAACGGUAUGUGUGGUGUAAAGCCAACUGUCAUGUGUAUUUUGUUGAUUCAUGUCUUUUAUUUUGAAAAGUUUAGUUCCUGUUCCCUUGUCUUGUGACUUCAUGUUUUCCCUCCAUGUUCAUGUGUCACAUUUUCAUUGGUUGAUUGUUUAAUUAGCUUGUUAUCAGUUCUGUUUGUUCAUUGGUUUAUGUUCCCCCAUGUCCAUGUAUUUAAGCCCUCAUGUUCACCAUUGUCUUUUGUCAAGUAUUGAAUGUGAAUGUAUGUGGAUGUGUUUUGUUCAAGCCAAGUCAUGUCAUGUUAUGUUAUGUUUAUGUCAAGUCAAGUUCAUGUUUAUGUUUCACGUUUGUAGUUAGGGUUACUGGUUAUCACGUUUGGAUUACUGCACUUGUAAAUAAACUGCACUUGGGUUCUCAUCUUCACGUCAUCGUCUUCAUCAUUGUCAGCAGUACCAGCAACGUUACACCAACACUGCACAUGAAAAAUAUACCAUCUCCACAGUGAAACACAUUGGUGGCAGCAUCAUGUUAUGGGCUGCUCUUCAGCAGUAGGGACUGGCAGUCUUGUGAAGAUUAAUGGGAUGAUGAAUUCUGCAAAAUACACAGAGAUUUUGGAUAAGAACCUACUUUCCUCUGCCAGAAAGUGUAAAAUUUGGAGUAUGUUUGUGUUUCAGCAGGACAAUGACACAAAGCUAGAGCAACACUGGAGUAGCUUAAAAUGAAGAAAAUGUAUGUCCUUGAAUGGCCCAGUCAAAGAGUCCUGACCUCAACCCUAUUGAACAUCUUUGGAGAGACCUCAAUACUGCUAUCCAUCGCCGAUCCCCCACUAAAUUGGUACAGCUUGAGCAAUUUUGCUACGAGGAUUGGGCUAAUAUUGCUCUAUCAUGUGCAAAGUUGAGACUUAUCUAAAAAGACUGAUGGAUUACCUUGAAAAAGCUGUGUAUGUAAAAAUAAUGUUUAUAAAUUACAUAUAAGUGUUUAUGCAUAUUAAUAUAUAUUAUGAGCAAAGAAAAGUGUAAAAUAUCAUUAUCAUGCUGUUCGUUCAAUUUGCAAUCUGCUUUUUUCUACAUGAAUGUCCAUAGAAGUCGGUACAUUCACAUUAUUAAACUUUUUCUGUUUACUGUAAAACGUAUCACAUAUGACCAUUAGAAUUAUACAGCCUAGGUGGAAUGAAUGUAACAUUGGCCUAGUGUACUUUAAGCUUAAUUGUUUAUGACUUAAUUAGGUGACACAAGAUUUAUGAUUUUUUUAGGCUUAACAUUUCCUUAAUAAAUGAGCAAAACUACUAAUUUGUA